GGGCGUCGUCGCGUCCUGACACAUUUUCUCAUCGCAACAAACUCUUCACACGGAUAUCACGCCUAUGCUUGUGAUCUAGGGUGCAUAUCGCGCGCCCGAAACCCAUACCAUCUACAUUUGAGCCUGUUAGUGGAGAUGAAGACUAAUCACAGGAUAGUUCUGAUGCCAGUUCUGACGCAAUGAAUCCCAGAUCGCAAUGCCUUCUAAACAACCACCCUCGUUCGGUUCACAAGCCUAUUGGAAUGAGCGCUUCGCUUCGAAUACAGACCCAUUCGAGUGGCUAGAGGCCCCCAAUGCUCUAGAUCCGCACAUCGUUGAUGCCUUGGAUGCUACACCCACACCGAAACCGGAACUCCUACACAUAGGCUGCGGCACAUCACUACUUUCCUAUCACUUGCGCUCCCAUGUAGACGCACCGCGACAGAUACACAAUCUGGACUAUUCUGAAGUAGCGAUUGAAGUCGGCAAGAUCCGCGAACAGGAGAUAUACCAGGAUCCGAGAAAGGAUAUAGGAGAAGCUGCAUGCAUGCGCUGGGACGCUGUAGAUCUGCUCGACUACCAGUCCGUCAUGCGCGCAUGUAAGCGCGCAGCCUACUCCGUCAUAGUAGACAAGUCAACCUCCGACUCCAUUGCCUGCGCAGACGACGUCCUGGUCCCUCUGCCAUACCCACUAGCCAUCCGCUCCUACGAACCUCUAGACCUGGAUGCCGCCAAAACGCCCGAGCUGAUUCAUCCCUUGGUAGUCAUGGCUGUGAAUUUAGCGCUAGUGACGAAGCCCGGGGCACGAUGGAUCUCUUUGUCCUAUUCCAAGGAUCGUUUCUAUUUCCUAGAUCCAUCUGCAAAGGACGUGAUACCCCAAGGAGCAGCAUUCCCUCAUCCGGGUGAUUUGUGGCGUGUAGUGGAUAAGCGCGAGGUCGACGAGGCGGACUGGCAAGUACGGAAUGAGGACAGAGCUAAUGCCGUGACCCACAGGCCCAAGGUGUGCAAUGUUGUAUAUACAUUGGAGAGGACUCAUCAACCACUCUUCGUGCGUGGAGAACACCUCUAGUAUUAGCAGAACUCGGGCCAUCCAUUUG